GCGGCCACGAGUUGAAAACCUUGAGGUUACUGUUGCAGGGAUCAAGGCGCACCAGGAUGCUGAGAUUGCAAAAGAAAAGAGCAAAAGAUAAGAAGAAGAACGAAUCAAGAAAGAGAAAGAAGAGGAGGAGCGUAGACUACAAGAGAAGAAGUCACGAGAAGAAUUCCAGGCGGAGAUGAGGAAUGAACUGAGUGGGAAACUGGAUUCCGUUCGCGAACUGUUGGAGAGUAAGAAAGGGGAUAAAGAAGAUGAAGUCACGAAAAUGCGGUUGGAGAUUGAGAAUUUGCGGAAAACCUUGCGUGAGGGUAAAGGGGCGUCGUCUUCAGAAAGUGUUUUUGAUAGAUAUAAGCGUGAGCUAGAGGAAGAAAGGGUGAAGUCUGAUCGCCAGCUUGCUGUUAUGGAGGAUGAGAUUGCGAGGCUGCGAGUGGUGAAUGAUGAAGCGGUUGCAGCGGCUGACGUUUGGAAGCAAGAAGCGCUCCGACCUGACAAUAAGCGAGGGAGUGUUGUGGUCACUACUACCCCCGUCCCUGGGACGAGGACUCGGGCUCGGAUGACUCUGAUGCCGUCACCAUCCGCGAAAGACUUAAAGUUGAAGGAGAAGGUUGAGCACCAGGAGCGGGAAAUUGAAUCGCUAAAAGAAUGGCGGCUACGUGAGCUAAACGGACGAAGGGAGGCGGAGCUGGAAGUAGAUCAUUUGAAGGAGAAGAUGGCUCGACUGGAAGUUGUGAGGCGUACACCGACGACUUCUAAUCUCAAAACGCGUCUGGACAAGGUGGUUGUGGCAAUUGCGGACAAAGAGAAGCGACCGAUGAGUCCUACCACGCAGGUUGUGGAGGCCAACGAUCGGGAUGCUUUUUUGUUUGAGACCAGACGUACGCUGAAGCCGUUAAAGAAGGAGAAGAUUGUUGCGUUAUGUGAGAAGGAGGGGGUCACCUACUCCACGUUGGACAAGACCAAGGGGGAGUUGGCACUUAAGCGUGCUGAUAUAGCCUUCGACAAAGAUCGAGGCGGGACUUUGAAGUAAGGUGGGGUGCUGAUUGAUGAG